GUAGCCUGAAGCAGCAUGAGGCAGAGCUGGGGACCAGGGCUGCUUAUUGUGGGAGCUGUAGUCCUAACAGAGGGUCUUCAAGCAGCUCAGCGUGCAUGUGGGCAGCGUGGCCCUGGCCCUCCGGAGCCUCUGGAAGGCAACACGUUACUUGGUGAAUGGCCUUGGCAGGCCAGUGUGAGGCGGCAUGGGGUACAUAUCUGCAGUGGCUCCUUGGUGGCAGAUACCUGGGUCCUCACAGCUGCUCACUGCUUUGAAAAGGUGGCCACAGCAGAACUGAGCUCCUGGUCUGUGGUCCUGGGUUCUCUGAAGCAAGAGGGGCUGAGCCCUGGGGCUGAGGUGGUGGGAGUUGCUGCGCUGCAGGUGCCCAAGGCCUAUAAUCACUAUAGCCAGGGAUCAGACCUGGCCCUGCUCCAGCUCACCCAUCCCACAGCCCAUACAACCCUCUGCUUGCCCCAAUCCACCCAUCACUUCCCCUUUGGAGCUUCUUGCUGGGCCACUGGCUGGGACCAGAACACCAGUGAUGUGUCCAGGACCCUACGCAAUCUGCGCCUUCGUCUCAUCAGCCGCCCCACCUGUAACUGCCUCUACAAUCGGCUGCACCAGCGGCUGUUGGCCAGCCCAGCGAGAGCUGGAAUGUUGUGUGGGGGUGCACAGCCUGGGAUACAGGGACCAUGCCAGGGAGAUUCUGGGGGACCUGUGAUGUGCCGUGAGCCUGAUGGACACUGGGUCCAGGUUGGGAUUGUUAGCUUCACAUCAAGAUGUGCCCAAGAGGACACUCCAGUGCUGCUUACUGACAUGACUACUCACAGCUCAUGGCUGCAGGACCACGUUCAUGGGGCAGCUUUCUUGGUACAGGGCCCUGGGAUUUCGGAAAGCAGUGAUGAGAACAGCUGUGUAGCAUGUGGCUCCUUGAAGGGUGGAGGCCCCCAGGCAGGAGCCCUCUCUCAGUGGCCCUGGGAUGCCAGGCUGAAGCACCAUGGGAAGCUGGCUUGUGGUGGAGCCCUGGUAUCAGAAGUGGUGGUGCUGACUGCUGCUCACUGCUUUAUUGGGCGCCAAACCCUAGAGGAAUGGAGUGUAGAUCUGGGGGCUGGACCAGAGGAACGGGGCCUGAAACAACUCAUUCUGCAUGGAGCCUACACCCACCCAGAGGGUGGCUAUGAUGUGGCCCUCGUGCUGCUGGCUCAGCCUGUGACAUUAGGCCCUGAUCUGAGACCCCUUUGCUUGCCCUAUGCUGAUCACCACCUGCCUGAUGGUGAACAUGGCUGGGUUCUUGGGCUGACACAAGGAGCAGGCAACAACUACUACACUCAGACAGUACCUGUGACAGUCCUGGGGCCAAUGGCCUGUAGGCAACAGCAUGCAGCCCCUGGCAGCACAGGCAUUCCCAUUCUGCCAGGGAUGAUAUGCACCACUGUUGUGGGUGAGCUGCCUCAAUGUGAGGGCCUAUCUGGGGCACCACUCAUCCACGAGGUUAGGGGCACGUGGUUCCUGGCUGGACUGCACAGCUUUGGAGACGCCUGCCAAGGCCCUGCGAGGCCUGCGGUCUUUGCAGCACUCUCUGCCUAUGAGGACUGGGUCAGCAAUCUAGACUGGCAGGUCUACUUUGCUGAGGAGCCAGAGCCUGAAGCUGAGCCUGGAAGCUGCCUGGUCAACUCAAGCCAGCCAGUCAGUUGUUGACUGGUGACUCUAGUUUACUCACAAGACGCCAGAAAAGCCAGGCAACUCCCACGUCCGUCCGACACCCAAUUCGAAGCUCCUGCCCUUCCCUGUCUGGUCCUGUGGUUCCCAGCCCUGAGGCAGCUCCAACAGCUGUCUGGCUGGGAAUGUGCCUGCCCAGGGAAGCUUUGCAUGAGAGGCCAUGACCCCACCCCCAAGCUCUGCUUUUCAAGAGAUGUCUCCAGUAUUCCCUAACAAUCCUUCAGACACAACCACACCAGCAACUGUUGUGGAAAAAAAAGUGGUUAUUUU